UGUUACGCUGCUGAGUAAGAUAUUCAAAACAAAGGCUCCAUAGAUCAUUUAACCAUCAGGAUGGGUAUAAAAGUGUCAGCGUUUGCCAGAACCAGUGCAGUCAGGGAAAGGUUGACCUCCAAAAUGGGCAGAAUCAUCUUCUACGAGGACAAAAACUUCCAGGGUCGCUCUUAUGAGACCAGCAGCGACUGUGCAGAGCUCACCUCCUACCUGAGCCGCUGCACCUCCUGCAGGGUGGAAAGCGGCUGCUUCAUGGUCUACGAGCGGCCAAACUACAUGGGCCACCAGAUGCUGGUGAGACAAGGGGAGUACCCUGACAACCAGCGGCUCAUGGGGAUGAGCAUGAGUGACUGCAUUCGUUCCUGCCGGAUGAUCCCCAUGCACAGGGGGCAGUUCAGGAUGAGGAUCUAUGAGAGGGAGAACUUCGGAGGUCAGAUGCACGAGCUGAGUGACGACUGCAACUCCAUCCAGGAGCAUUUUCGCAUGUCUGACUGCCAGUCUGCUCACGUGAUGGACGGCCACUGGCUGAUGCACGAGCAGCCCCACUACAGAGGCAGGAUGAUGUACCUGAGGCCCGGGGAGUACCGGAGCCUCAGGGACAUGGGGGUGGGCUCCACUGACAUGAGGAUAGGCUCCAUCAGACGGAUCAUGGAGUCAUGUUAAAACUGAGCUCAUUGUAAUAAACAAGUGACAUACGCUCAGUAUUUGUGGAGGUUUUCUGGGAAAUAAGUAAAAAUUUGUCACAGAAAAUCGG